AUGAUUUAUUAUGAUGAAUCUCAUCGACCUUCAAAUGCAGAAAGCCAAAGUUCUACAGUACGAGAAUUCCCAAAAGAUGAGGAUACCAUUAUGAACUUGAAAGAUAUUCUGAUUAUUAAAGAGGAAGAAGAUAAUUUAUCAUUUAAAUCACUUGUACAGAAAAUACCUGGCCAGGAACGAAUUACAAUUGUCGAGGAUGUUCCUUUUCCUAGAUCAGAAUACGGCCCUCCUUCUCCUGUUUCCAUUACAAAAAAAACUCACCCUUGGGUUGAAAAUUUAAGACAAUCAACUUUCUAUACUUGGAUCCAUAAGCAAGCUAUAAGUCCUGACAAUAGAUAUGCAUUUCAGAUGGCUACUGCAUUUACCAUUGCGGCUUUGUUAGUAGUUAUCGAUCCUAUAUCUGAAAUAUUUCCUAAUGUGUUUUGGGUCGGUGUAUCUGUGGUUACCGUUUUGGAUAAUACUGUAGGUGGGUUUCUAAACCUAAGUGUUCAACGAUUGAUGGGGACAUUGAUUGGAGGUGCAGCAAGUAUAGUCAUCAUGACAAUAACAAGAGCAAUAUUCCAUCCAAAUUGGGAAUGGCAAGCAGCAGUGAUGCUGUGUUGCUUCAUGUUUAUCCAAGUCUUUUUUAUUGCUAAAUUAAAAGUCCUGCCUAAAUAUGCCUAUGCUGGUAGCAUUGGUUUAUUGACAACUGUGAUUAUUUUAUUGUCCGGCUAUUCUGAUUUGAUUCACGAUCGAAUGUCAUACACAGCAGAAUUGGGUGCGUGGAGAACAUUAAAUCUUAUCAUCGGUAUUGUUAUAUCGCUGAUUGUUUCUAUAUUUGUUUUUCCAUUAAAAGCAAGCAGCGUCAUGCGAAAAAAUUUAGGGAAGGCCAUGGAAGAUGCAGCUGAAUUAUACGAGAAAUCAUCGGAAUACUACCUGGAUUUUAGCGGUAGUGGAGCAGUGGAUGAAUCUCUCUCGCAAAAGAUCACACGAAAAUUACCAGUAGAAGGAGAAAUAUCCAUUACCGAAGCAAUUUCCCGAACAUUUUCUUCGCGUGCACUGGGGCCUGAUCAAAUGCGUCAACAAAUAGAAGAUAGUAGCAAGUUCUGGACUCAUGAUGCUAUUACAAACAUUAGCAACCAAGCAUUUGGUGUCUUGUCAAAACUUCAGACGGAGUCAACACGGCUGCGAAAUGUUUCUAAUGAAUACUAUGUACAAAUCAUUUUCCAUAUCAUUGGCGGUGGCAAAGAUCGCUGUAAAAGAGACUUAAGAAGAGCGAAAAGGUACAAUGAGGCAAUUGAAGCAAUGAAGCGGGUUGUUUGGCCUCUAGUUUCCUUCCGUUUACUUUUGCCUUUAAUCAGCCUAAGUCAAACUGCAACUAGGUUAGAAGAGGUCACUGGAGCUACCGACCGUACCCCCCAUGCAUCAGACGCACUUACACUUAAAGAAAGAAUCACGCCAACAAGGGAAACACUAGAAAGUUUUGGCGAUAGUCUACAAGUUAUGCUCCGUUUGGGAAGGAUACUCAAAGAUUACAAUAGACCUUUAAGUGAGUUCCCGGACGAUUGGCUCGAAAUCGAUCGCAUGGUUACUGCAGGAAAUUUACAUAUUCAGAGGGAAUUAAGGCAGACGGUUAAAAUUGGUAUGCAUGGAGAAAAUAUGGAUGGGCUCAAGCUACUCUCGUAUUAUGGUUUCUUGGUAAGAUGUUCCAUGAUUUGGGAUGGGCUUCGAACGGUGGUGGAGAAACUUAGUCCUUUAAAUGGUACUUUGAGUCGUGCAUCGAGCGUAGGAUUAGGAACACCUUUACCUAAUCGAGAAUAUGUUUGUGCAGGAGAAUGA